GUAUUACAGUAAUAGCCCCUAAUUCUCUCACUCUCUGCCAUCUGUUCUAGAGUCAAGACUCCCCAUUUUCGUAUCCCUCUGCUCUGCUACUUUCGGCCCUCUGCCUCUCUCCUCGACAGCCGCAUCACGCCCUGUCCUCCAUCCGUAUUCGUUCGUUCCGAAGCCCAUCGGCGCACCGUCCGGAUGGCGUGCGUUCUUCCGCAAGCGGCCGCUCUCUCCAGCCUCGCCGCCUCUCGCGGCGGCCAGGGCGGCGCGCUCAAGCAUGCAGAAUCCGCUAAGAGCCGCUUCGCGACCAGAGUCGUCCCGUCUGUGAUUUGCUCCGCGCAAUGGAAAGUGAACGAGGCGCCAAUCACACGCCGCCAUCUGUCCCUCCUCAUCGCCACUUCUUCCGCCGCUCUCACCCUCCCCGACUCCGCCUCCGCGCGCUCCCGGGGGGAGGGCAAGCGGGAGGCGCUGGACCGCGUCCGGGACGAGGCGCUGGCCCGAGAGCGGGAGGCGGAAGCCGCGGUGGAGGCAGCAGCGGCGGCGGAGGCGGCGGCAGAAGUGGAAGCAGCUGCACUUGCGGAAGCCGCGUCGGACGCGGAGGUCGCGGGGGAAGGCGCGGCGGAAGCCCCAGCGAAAGAUGUCGCGGCAGAUGGUGGUGCGGAGAUGGUCGCGGAGACAGCAGAGAGUGGCGGAGAGGCGGGGGAAGGGGCGGGGGCGGAAGCUGCUCCUGCUAAUGCCACCCCUGAUGCAGUUGCUUCUGACGAAGGUGACAGUAACGGGUCUGAGGCGAAGAGUCCUCGGGAAAUGAUGGGGGACAUGAUGGAAGAUGUGAUGGACAUGAUGGAUGACAUGAUGGAAGGGGUCUCGUCCAUCAUGGGUAAGCUGCGGUCGCUCACCCCUACCAGCGGAUCGUCAUAGGUUGAUGCAUGGCGGAUUAGUAUGUAUGCUGGGACUGGGGAAACGGGAAGGGUGAGUGAAAGAGGGGGGGGGGGGCUUGGGGGAGGGGAUGGGGGGUGGUGGGGAGGGGUAGGCAAGUCAAUCAAAGGUUUUGGGGAGAGUUUGCUUUCGUGAGCCCCAAGCAUGAGUCAGCUGCUGAUGUUGAGGGAUCUGCAGUGGCACGCAAGGCUUAUUGAUUCUUCAUAACUACCAAUUGAAUUUCCUCUUGUUUAUCCACGUCAUUGAGCAAAGCAAUAAAUGCACAGGGUUGUG